AUGGUGCCAAACGUGGUAUCAAAGGUCACGAACCCCACCACAUCAACAAAAGAGUUAGCUCAUAGAACAACCUGUGACAGAAAAUGGUCUGAAAUAGUAAAAACUGCUCUAGCAACUGACUCUAAUAUCCUACAAAUCUUCUUGACCUACCAAGAAAUAAAUGGUCAAUUCAAAAAUGAACAAGAAAAAAGUUAUGCAAUGCUACAAAAUGGAGAACCAAAUAUGACAGAAGAUAAUAAUAUAAUAAUAGGCAAUAAGGCAAUUGGGCUAAAAAUG